AUGGCGCGAUCACCUGGGCGCUGUGGAGCAGCCCGCAGCCUCUAUCUGGAAGCAGCUUUUCCACGGCUGCCCGGCGGUGGCGGUGGUGGAUUUGGGAGACGGUGCCGCGUGGCUGAAGGCCCUCCACUCACGCCACGCGGCGUCGCAGUGUUGUGCCCGAAUGUAGGCUAUGAUUGUGGAGCCCUGAUUCAUUUCACGGUUGGGAGUGACAUCACCCAAAGUCAGUGGGCAUCAGUUGAGCGCACGGGAGGAUGCACACUACGCUGGACUUAUAUGAGGCAGACAAUCAGGAACUGGCCGUGGACGGCCACCUUCAACGCGAUCGCGCUGCGUAUGCACGCCGCCGGCCUGGUCGCCCACUGGCGCGCCUCCUUCGCUCGCGACUUCGCCUGGUGGCGACGCGUCGUCCUGCACCUGCGCUACGCGGCCGCCGCGCGAGGCAGCCGCAGGCGGGAGGGCGCCGCGCCCCGGCCCUUGGCUCUCGGCGACCUGCCCGCGCAUCUAGCGCUUCUGGCGGCGGGGCUGGCGGCGGCCGGCCUCGCCUUCGCCGCGGAGGGGUGGUGGCGACACCGCGGGGACGUGCUGCGGUGGAGCAGGCGCCGCGCCGCGCAGCUCGUCGGCGGCGUGCAGCGCCCCUGGCGGAUGCUGUCGCAAGCGGUGAUGCGCAGGCUCUACAGGUUGGAGGAUUUGCUGGGCGAGUGA